AUGAGGAACAAUCGCCUAGCCAUGCUCUUAGCCAUCCAGGUCGCUUCCAAGCAGAUUCGCAGGCCUGCCGGCCGUUUAGCUAGAACUCGGAGCAUCCCGCGCCACCGCCUCACUGCUACGCCGGGGUCGCCAGCCUCCACUUUGGCCACUCACACUCCCAACAGCCCAGCUUCCCCGCCAACCCCUGGCAAUGACAUGACACCGCCCAUCAGCCCCAGUGUUCCGCCAGCCACCCAGAUCGCCAUUGCCGAAACGGAGCCCAUGGUCCCCGGAGACUCUUCUGACGGAGUUCCUUCGGAGUUUUCGUCUGAUGAUGAAGAGGUGCCGGAGUCUCCUAUGCAGGAUACGGCGGCGGAGGACCAGCGCGACACCAACGCUGAUGGAGAGGAUGAGGACGAGGACUACAAGCUAGUCCUACAGGACUCAAUCCGUGACGAGGAAGAACGUGAAGCUAAGGCAGCAGCACUUGAGGCAAACAAGAAGGAGAACGAGACCGUCGAUGAAUGGCUGAAAGCGGUGUCAGGCGUUGAAGAAACUCCACCUCCGAAGGACACAGUUGCUUCUGGAGAAGAACUUGCCUCAGUCUUCAAAGUGGAACACGGCGGCGCACAAGUCAAGGCGGAGCCAGGCGCACUGCCGAUGAAGGAUGAUGAUAUCAUUGACAUAUCUGACGGAGAGGACUCAGCCAAGGAGCCGGGAUCGUCAUCGGCACGUCCGGGCAAAAGCGCGGAUGACGACGACGUCAUCAACAUUUCAGAUUAG